UGCGGGCCGCUGGUUAUUUCAAUGGCAUGCAAGGAGUUUUGUCUACAGAUAUAGUGUUCGAUCAUGACAUACCAGCAUCACCACGUCUAAUAUAUACCCGCUUAUUUUGAUCUACUCACCAUUAAUACACCCGCGAGAUGCGUUCGCAAGCCAGCUCCAGGCGCAACCAACGGCGCUUCUCAACAGAGUCGCAAGAAUCGACAGACUCGAUCGUCGAGCAACCCGGCCUUCCAACCCAACAAGCCCCCCAAACCGACUGCCCCACAACACCAGCAGAAGCACACCUAUCCCACACGCACGACGACCCAAUUCAGCCGAUCCAAGACCGCUAUGAGGCCGACCAGCUGGUGGGCUACUACAAAUGGCAGAUCAAUCCCCACGAUGACGACAAGGGUGACUCUCGGGGACGCAGCCGAUCGACAGCAGCCCCCUGGCAGGAUCAAGAAGCUAUAUGGUCCAUGGCUGCGACGAGACGGAGGGAGCUGGAGGAGCGAAGCCGGCGGACGAAAAAGUUGUGGAUCGGGUGUGCGGCCACCCUGGUUGUGGUUAUAAUAGUGGUCGUUGUGGUAUUUGUUGUGCUAGGGAACCAAGGGAUGCUUUCGUCUUGAGGGAAUUGUCUGAGUGAGCAUAAUGGGAAAGAAAAGAUAAUGUUGUAUUUUAAUUUGAAUGUUAAUGACAAGUCUCCAUAGGAGAUUUUCCUAUUCGUACCUUGGGUAUACGAACAUGUACAAAUCAGAGCUUAACCCUUGGCCGAGUCUUGACAUGUAAAUGUCGUGAUUUGCCUGAUAGUGUUCCGGGAUAGGCGGCAUCCCAG